AUGCGUUCAACCACUUUCGCCCUCUUAGGAGCCCUUGCUACCAGGAAAGCUGCCGCCCAUGCCACGUUCCAAGACCUAUGGAUCAACGGGGUUGACUAUGGUGCCCAAUGCGUACGACUGCCGGCUUCCAACAGUCCGGUCACGGAUGUGACAUCAAACGAUAUCCGUUGCAACGCUGGAAGCUCACCAGUGGCUGCUAAAUGUAUUGUCGCUGCUGGGGAUACCGUGACAAUUGAAAUUCACCAGCAACCCGGUGACAGAUCCUGUGAUACCGAAGCCAUCGGCGGGGCGCACUACGGUCCGGUACAAGCAUAUCUGAGUGCCGUGGAUGACUCCGCCGCUGCGGACGGUUCGACUGGAUGGUUUAAGAUCUACGCCGACACGUGGGCUAAGAACAGUGCGGGCGCAUCGGGUGAUGACGACUUCUGGGGAACAAAAGAUAUCAAUACGUGCUGUGGCAGACUGGACGUGAAGAUCCCUACUGAUAUUGCAUCCGGUGACUACCUGCUCCGAGCUGAGGCGCUGGCUUUGCACACGGCAUCUUCAACGGCAGGGGCGCAAUUCUACAUGAGUUGUUACCAGUUGACUAUAAGUGGUACUGGAACAGCGACGCCGGCUACUGUGUCGCUUCCUGGGGCCUACAAUGCUAGCGACCCGGGUAUUCUCGUUGAUAUUCAUGCUCCUAUGUCAACUUAUAUCGCCCCUGGACCUACAGUCUACACAGGAGGCUCAACCAAGAGCGCCGGAGCUGCUUGCGUUGGGUGCGAAUCUACUUGCACAGCCGGAAGUGGACCUACAGGAACGGCCUCGAGCGCGCCGCUGCCUACGGCGACUGGUGCUUGCUCCGUCGCUUUGUACGCUCAAUGUGGCGGCAUCGGCUACACAGGGUGCACGGCUUGUACGUCCGGGAAAUGCUCGGUCCUCAGCGAUUACUACUCGCAGUGCACAAACUGA